CCUCCCGCAUCGCGUCCUCCGUCCGCCCCGCGUCCCUCCGGCGCCGCAUCCCGCACCCGCCCCGCGCCCUCCCGCUCCCGUCCCGCCGCUCUCCCCGGCAUUUUUUCGUCGCUGCUCACCCGGCGCUGGGCCGUGCCACAAUUAAAAUGCAGAGCUGGGGCAUGGCCGUCAAUGUGUACUCCACCUCGGUGACCAGCGAGAACCUGAGCCGCCAUGACAUGCUGGCCUGGGUCAACGACUCCCUGCAGCUCAACUACACCAAGAUCGAGCAGCUCUGCUCAGGGGCUGCCUACUGCCAGUUCAUGGACAUGCUGUUCCCCGGCUGCGUGCAUCUGCGGAAGGUGAAGUUCCAAGCCAAGCUGGAGCACGAGUACAUCCACAACUUCAAGGUGCUGCAGGCCGCCUUCAAGAAGAUGGGAGUGGAUAAGAUCAUUGCAGUGGAGAGGCUGGUGAAGGGAAAGUUCCAGGACAACUUUGAGUUCAUCCAAUGGUUCAAGAAGUUCUUUGAUGCCAACUAUGACGGGAAGGAAUACAACCCGCUGCUGGCACGGCAGGGCCAGGACGUGGCACCCGCCCCUAACCCAGGUGAUCACAGCUUCAACAAACCCAAGAAACUCAUUGGCACUGCAGUCCCCCAGAGGACCUCCCCCACGGGCCCCAAGAACACGCAGCACCCGGCACGCCUGGGCAACGUCCCCACCGGCAUCCUGCGGAAAAACUCACCUGCCACCCGCAACGGCGGCCCCGACGCUGACGCACAGAUCCUGGAGCUCAACCAGCAGCUGAUGGACCUGAAGCUGACGGUAGACGGCCUGGAGAAGGAGCGGGAUUUCUACUUCAGCAAACUGCGGGACAUCGAGCUCAUCUGCCAGGAGCACGAGAACGAGAACAGCCCCAUCAUCAACGGCAUCGUCAGCGUGCUCUACGCCACCGAGGAGGGCUUUGCCCCGCCGGAGGACGACGAGCUGGAGGAGCAGCAGCCAGAGGAGCAGGACGAGUACUGACCCGCCGCGCCCCACCCCACGUCCGACCCCUCCAUAGACAUUGAGGUCUGAGCCCCCACACCCCACCGCCAUCGCAGCUCCGUGGGACAGCGCCGAUCUCCAUAAUAAACCGAUGUCACCGCACA